UUUUCUAAAGUACUGAUACACUUCAAAUUAAUGUCUUGUCGGUUUCACGUAAGCCUCAACUACCUUUUUUAACCAAAUUUAUUGCCAGGAUAACUUCGUGUUUACAAAAAUUUAACGGUAUUAAGAGGGUAUCUGUUUUCAUUAAAAAGAAAGACAUAAAAUCUAAGCUUGUUGUGGUAGCUGAUAAACUUAAUAAUUUUUUCAAACUUUUAUUGAUAAAUGAAUAAAUUUUUGUUAUCAAAUCUCAGUUUUAGGGUUUCAGUGUUCUUUAUGGGUAUAAAGCUGGAUCCAAAUAAAGGUUAGGUAGCCUAAAAUAUGUUUACAUUUUAACGGAUCUCGCCCCAGUCCUAAUUCAAAAAAUGUUUAGCCGUGUACAAAAUGCUUUUCAAUUUUACUGAAAAAAGUCAUAGUGUAGAAUACGUUUUGUUAACACUGCAUGAUAAUAUCUCUUUUGAUAAAAAUCUAAUCUUAGUUGUCAUAGAAGAGUACUAACUAGAAAUCUGUGUUCGUUUCAUAAGAAUUCUUUUAUUAGGAGAAGCUGAGCACGUGUUCACUGAAAAACGGACCGUCCUUUAAGGUUUAAUAAUACCAAUAGUAUAUAUCUUGUUUUCUCUUUGUGUCCAAUGUCUGUCUCUGCUUCAAUGUUUGUUAUAGUACCACACCAAUAAGACAAGAGAUAGGAAUCCAAGAAAAAAGAAAGAAAAAUAAUAGAUUCAGUAUCAUAAUUCAGCUUGGUAAAUCUAAUUUUAUGUUAUAAAGAAACUCCUUUCUUUUGUUCCUUAAUGUAGAAAACAAAAAAUUCUUUUGUUUUGUGGUGAAGCAAUAAAAAAAUUUUUCUUUGAUGUAACUAAACAUUAUGAUGGGGAAGGUAAACAAUAAUUUGACAUUACGUAAUUUUAGAAUGACUACUGUCGCCUAUUUUCUAUCGAUGCUAUUUCUUAUAAUUUUCAUCUAGAUAAAAAAGUCAUAAAAGAUGUCGAAAGGAGAAUUAAUUAUGAUAUUUGUUGUAAUCUACUGCUGCAAUGCAAACAUAUCAUUGGGGGAAUUAAAAAUAGCUACCAAUCAAAUUGCAAAACAAUUGACCACUCUUGUGGAUAGCAAUACAAAGUGCCGUGAAAUUGAAUUAAAAUACGAAAAAUAUUCGAUAGAGAGCGUUGUAGACAUUGAAGUUGCUGAUGUAAGCAAAGAGUUUAAUAAAAAGUUGGAAAUCUUAUUAAAAUCUUUUAUGACAUCUGUACGGAACAUUAAAACUAAAGCUGAAAACUUUCACGACGAAUACGAUUACAAUGAGAACAUUUAUGUUCCACAAUACUAUCACGAAGAAAGUGGCACUCUACCCACACAGAUGGAAGUUUUGGCGCCAAAAUUUUCGUCCAAACAAACAGUUAAUUUAAACUUUAGUUACAUACACACUCCUGUCAACGUUUACAAUCACCAUAAAGAUGUUUUGAACGAUGUAGCUUGGUCGAAUCAACUAGACGACAUUUUCAAACGAAAUCUUGAAACAAACGCGAAUUUAUUAUGGCAAUUUUAUGGCAGCGAAACGGGCAUGCAUCGCCUCUAUCCUGGCACACGAAGGCACAAUGCAACAUAUGCUUAUGAUUGUCGGCGACGAGUAUGGUACACCGAAGCAAUAACAUCACCAAAAGACGUUGUCAUUUUAUUAGAUUUAAGUGGUUCAAUGACAGGCAAACAUUUUGCUAUAGCUAAGUUAAUAACCAGAGCAUUAAUAGAUACAUUUCAGCAGAACGAUUUUUUCAACGUUGUUUUGUUUAAUGACAAUGUACGAUUGAUAAUUCCAUGCAUUGAAACGUUGUUGCAAGCAGCAACGAAGAACAAAGCUGCCAUUAUAGAUAUGGUUGAUGAUCUACCUGAACCAGGUGGACAAUCAAGAUCUGCUGCAGGGUUUGCAAAAGCUUUUCAGGUUUUAAACAAAAGCUCUGGAAAUAAUUCCACUUCGUCAGCAUGCACCCAGAUGAUUAUUUUGGUUUCUGAUGGUAUUGAGAACAUUGUGGAGGUGGAUAAAGUGCUGGAAAUCCACAAUGUCAAUAAGCGUGUAGUUAUAUUCUCAUACAUAAUUGGUCAAAGUAAUCAACACGCGAUGAAGAAAAUUGCUUGUGGAAACGGAGGAGAAUUUUACGAAUUUCCGACAUUAGGUAGUGUGUGGGAUACUGUUACACGAUACCAGCAAAUACUUAGUCAUCCGAAAGCAUCGGAAAACGAUAAUAUUGUGACUUUCACACAUUUGUACAUGGAUUUAAAAGAAACAGGAUUGGUUUUAACGGCAUGCAUUGGCGUUUCCGGUGUAGAAAGCAAUAAUACUGAACGUACCUUGCUUGGUGUAGCUGGGGUUGAUAUCAAACAUGUACUCAUCGACAAGCAAGUUCCAGUAAAAACUCUUGGUGUUUUUGGCAACGCUUUUGCAAUAAAUAACAACGCUAUUCUUCUGACGCAUCCCGUUGUAAAAACAUUGAGUAAAAGUUACAAUGGGCCAAUUUUAACUACAGUUGAUGAAGUAGAGUAUUUUGUAGAUCCUUCACAUGGAGUUUAUUUGAGAAAAGAAAUGGUUGAUCGCAAGUCUGGUUGCUUUAAUGCAAUGGUUCAAACAAUGUUUGAUAAUUCGAAGCGAUUUGUUAGAUUAAACGCAACCUAUUGUUAUCAGCCAAUUCAUGAGACACCAUUCACUUCUGCUGUGAAGAUCUCAAACGAACAAAUAAAGCGUGUUGUCGUUUCGUCAUUGAGUGAAAACAUCUGGCAGUCGGGAAUUUCUGCUCUGACUCCUAAAAAUGACCAAACAGAAGUGGAAGUCGGAAACUUUAUGUUUUGCAAUUUUAAAACUGGCAACAAUACAGCGUAUUUCCCAAACGCAGCACAACUACAAGGUUAUCUAGUAAACAUUAAUUACACUUCGCUUAAAAAUGCUACAGAAUGUGAUAAAAAUAUGCUUUACGAGCUUUUACUUUCAGCACACGUGAUUAAACAAACUUGUCCAGAAACAACAACGGUUACACCAGACAUCAAAACCAUUUACAUACUCAUGUCCACUGGAUAUAUGUUAGUAAUUGCUAACGAAACAAGAGCAAAAUUAACCAAGCGUGACAUAUACUCUAAUGAUUUCUAUCUACACCCUACUUCUUAUGAGAAUUCUAACUCAAUAGUGGUCAGUAUUCAAUCGUUGAAAUCCAACAAAAAGCGAUUGCGUGCGGAUGGUUACAUUGCUAUAGGGAAACACAUGCGAGUGAAUAACGUUACGCUUGGAGUAGCAGGCAUUAAUAUAUCGUCCACUUACAUGAAAAAUAUACUCUUCAACGCCACUUCUCAUUUCGAGACGUUUAAUUGCACUGAUGGCAGUAAAUAUAACUGCUUUCUUAUAGACGAAAAUGCGUAUGUUGUUGCAAGUAACCAUGCCAAAAAUAACCAUGGUUUUUUCUUUGGUUUUCUAAACGGUGUCCUGAUGCAGAAAUUCGUUGAAUGGUCGUUGUUUGAAAAAAGGUAUUUCACGAGUCCAAACUGUAGAAAGGAGGAUCAGGUAGAUUCCUUCACCAUCAAUUCAAGUUCGCGUGAUUUAUUUAAUACCUACGAGAUACUUUGGAUGGUGAUGAAAGUUACAAUUUCAAACUUGUUUUACGUCUGUACUUUGUUGUUAGAUAUACUUGCCUUAAGAAUAGACAAUGCUACUGCAAGCAUGAGCAAAAUAGGAAACGAACAAUACGGAAACUGCAGUAAUUAUUUUAUCAUUUAUAAACGUACCGCAAAAACUAAGUACCCUUUUAAUGAAAUCUCUUGUUCACCGAAUUGCAAUGAAACAUUCUCAAUAGCAGACGUGGAAGGAACUAACUUAAUGUUGAUUGUAACAACCAACAACUGUCCAAGUAGAUGCAAACAACACAUAGAGGUUGGCAAAGUUUUAAGGCCAAGUUUGAGCAAACACUGUUUGAUGAAUUCAAAUUACCGCAGACCUGUACCAAAUUGUUACAGAUUAACGGGUAAUCAUCCAGAAUGCUCUGCAGGUAAAUACGACAUUCAACCAGUGGAUCCAAAAAUAUAUUUGUUUACAGUGUUUGCUAUUUUGUUUACAAUAUUGUUGUCGGUAGGCUUGUAUCCAAUCAUUAAAGUGCGAAUCCUUUGAAUUCAUUUGCAUCGCUUUCUGAGAAACUUGGCGAGAAGUCUAAAUUCUCAAAAAAUUAAUGGGAUUACUUAGUUAAAUUAAGUUCUAGUGAAAAAUGUUGGUAUAUGAUAUAUACCAGUGUUUCAGCAAGUAGUUAACAGAAUUAGACCGUUAGCUGUGCUUUCAAACAAGUUUUUAUACAUAAAUUAGGACAAAAAUGUUUCUAUGGCAAAUUCAUCCUGAUAAUGUAAAAAGUAAAGAUUUAUAACGUUACCUUGGCGUUGCAGAUACGAUUUCACUCAUCAAUUAUUGAUGAGUGUAAUUUUGACUGUUAAACAUAAUUGUUUGGGAAUUUUCAUGACGUUAUUAAAUAAUUAACAAUACAACGAAUACCCAGUGUAACUGGCAAUAUUUUGUUAGCAAUUACAUAUUUAUGUUAUUUAAUCCAUCAUUAUGUCUAUCACAGAUGUUACGCUUUCUAAAGUUAUGUUAUAGUUAUCUCGCCCCAAACGUACAGUGCAAUGUAAUAGCUUCAUUAAUUUUAAUAGUACUAUCUUAAUUCGGUAUUUUCAGCCACAGACAGAAUUGGUGCUUUUUUAUAAUAAACAAGUUGAUUUGUGGAGAAUUCCAUUUACUUCAGGAAUCCAAUAUUUACGGAUUACCUUGAAAUCAUCAUCCAAUUACGAUUCAUAUAUAAAAAAUAACAUUUUUAAAAAUAUGUCAAAUUUAUUUUUUUUCUGUUGGGCAGAUUUAGAAUCGUUGAUCAAAAUGUAUAAGAACAUAAGCAUGCACAAAUACAGAAUUGCAUUAAAAGGGCAUUUCUAUGACGUCAUCAACUAAUCCCGCAUGGUCUCUAGUACUCCGUCUUUUAAUUAAUAGACCCAA